AUGGCAUUGAGUCAAGCAGCAGCUCUCGUCGAGAGGGUCAUCGGGCAUGACACCAACGCCACCACCGCGCAAGAUAUCAGCAACCCAGCUCGCGACCGCGCAAAGUAUGCCGAUCCGAGUGGGGAGAUGAUGAAGGCGCUGGUCUGGAGGGGCAAGAAUACCGUUAAAGUCGAGGAUGUCCCCAAACCAAGACUGGUCGAGGACAGAGAUGUCAUCCUCAAGAUCACGGGAAGCACCGUCUGCGGCUCCGAUCUGCACCUGCUGCACGGAGCCGUGGUGGAGAUGGAGAAGGGCGAUAUUCUGGGUCACGAGUUUUGUGGUAUUGUCGAGUCCAUGGGCCCGGGCGUCAAGAACCUGAAGAAGGGCGACCGGGUUGUGGCUUCGUUCCAGAUUGCGUGCGGUGAUUGCUUUUACUGCCACCGGAAGCUCUCUUCGCAGUGUGAGAAGACGAACUCGAACACCAUUGAAAACGGCAUGUAUGGAGGACGAACGGCGGGAAUGUUUGGCUAUUCGCAUUUCACCGGUGGAUUCGCUGGCGGCCAAGCAGAGUACACACGAGUUCCAUUUGGCGAUGUCAACCUUCUCAAAUUGCCGGACAGUGUACCAGACGAGAAGGGUCUGUAUCUUUCCGACGUCAUCUGCACCUCCUGGAACUGUGUGGUCGAUACCCGUGUAGAUGAGGGAGACGUCGUGGCGAUCUGGGGUGCUGGUCCCAUCGGUCAAAUGUGUGCUGAAUUCGCGUUCAUGCAUGGCGCUUCGCGAGUCAUCAUGAUCGACUGCAACUGGCGACUCGACUUUGUCAAGUCAAAGUACCCCAAGGUCGAGCUGAUCGACUACAGCACACUUCCCAAGGGAACGACUGUUUACUCGAAGCUACGGGAAUUGGUGCCUCGCGGCCCAGACGUCGCACUUGAGUGUGUGGCUGGGGAGUAUGCCAAGGGGUGGGCACACUACUUUGAGAUGCAACUUGGUUUGGAGACGGACACUUCAGAGAUCGUCAAUGAGAUGAUCACAUCGGUGCGCAGCUUCGGUCGCUGUGGCAUCACCGGUAUAUAUGUUGGCUAUACGAACCAUUUCAACAUCGGCUCGCUGAUGGAGCGCGGCAUCCGUCUGAUCGGAAACGGCCAGGCCCCGGUUCACAUGUACUGGGAAAAGCUGUGCAAGAUGAUUGAGGAGGGCAAGAUCGAUCCGCUGAAGAUGGUCACCCACCGUGUCGACAUGGCAGAGCUGGACCAGGUCUACUACAAGUUCGAGAAGAAGGAGGAUGGCAUGCAGAAAGUCUUCGUGCAGACCAAGUUCUCGGGACCCCCGGCCGCCGGGAGCCCGAAGUUGACGACUUAUGGUAAGAAGUAG